AAAAAUUAAUUAUUUAUAACUUGACCUUUCGCCAUGUCCGUGGAAGCUUUCACUGUGUCUGUGCAAGCUGGCUCGAGGUCUGGGUUCAGAGAAAAACAAAGUAUAAUGGCGUCCAAUCGACCCCGUAGCGGCUCAGUGAACAGUGAGAGUGUCUCUGUAUUAACUGAAGCGUCGUCUCCCGUAUCAAUGAUUGAUAGAGAGGGGGAGCCAUUGCUCUCCAAGCGGAUAGCUGACAAGAAUCAAGCCACUGAGCGGAAGCUGGGUAUGAUCUUUGGGGUGACCAUUCCGUGCUGUCUCUCUAUCUUCUCUGUCAUCAUCUUCCUGAGGCUUGGCUUUGUCUUGGGACAGGCUGGCUUCUGGGAGACCAUGGCGAUGCUCAUCCUAGGCUACCUGGUGGUCAUGCUCACCGUGCUCUCCAUCUCUGCCAUAGCAACCAGUGCCACCGUCGAGGGUGGAGGAGUUUACUUCAUGAUAAGCAGAGCACUUGGUCCGGAGUUUGGUGGUUCUGUGGGUAUCAUCUUCUUCGUUGCCAACAUAUUUGCCUCAGCUGCCUACAUCAUCGGUUUUGUGGAAGCCCUGGUCAGUAAUCUUGGAGAGGGAGGCAGUCUUCUGGUGGAGUAUGCUGGAUGUGAUGAUUGUGGUCUCCCUGGCAAUUACUGGUUCAACUUCUUGUACGGGACGGCUGUUCUCUUCUUUUGUCUAAUAGUGUGUCUUAUUGGAGCAGGGAUGUUUGCUAAAGCCACGUUUAUCAUAUUCUGUGCUGUAAUGUUGUCACUGGCCUCUGCAAUGUUCAGUUUUGGCUUCCUAGGCCCAAUGGGAAAUAUCACAGUGCCUGUAGACAAUCAUCUGUUUCCAGUGUGGUAUGGGAAUGAGACUCUGUUAAACUACACCAGCUGGAGUUGGAACACCUUCCUCAACAACCUAGGAUCCAACUACACUAUUGACUACACUAAUCAAGCCUUUGGAGUCCAGAACUUUAGUAUGGUCUUUGCUGUCAUGUUCAAUGGAUGCUCUGGCAUAAUGGCUGGAGCUAACAUAUCUGGAGACCUGAAGAACCCAAGCUACUCUAUCCCCCAGGGCACUCUGCUAGCCUGUGGCAUUACCAUGCUCAUAUACGCCAUCCUCUUCACCUUUAUAGCCUUCACUGUGCCUAGGGAACUGAUGCUACACAACUACAACUACCUCCAGUAUAUCAAUGUGUUUGCCCCACUGAUGACCCUGGGGGUGUUUGCAGCCACUCUCUCAGCAUCUCUGUCCAACCUCAUUGGAGCUUCUAGAGUGCUACAGGCCCUCGCCAAGGACAGGCUGUUUAGUGGUAUUUUGCAUCCCUUUACGUGGACAGUUGGCAAGAGUCAGAAUCCCAUUCCAGCCGUACUGCUCUCCUGGUUCUUGGUACAGAUCACUCUGUUUCUGGGUCAGUUUAACACCAUUGCCCCGCUGGUGACCAUGUUCUUCCUCGUCUCUUAUGGUGUAGUCAAUCUGGCUUGCUUUGCUCUCAAGUUCGCUUCAGCUGUCAAUUUCAGACCUACUUUCCAAGUCUAUGCCAGAUACACAUCUGUCCUCGGUGUCCUCAGUUGUGUGAUACUAAUGUUUGUCAUAAGCCCAGAGUAUGCUGGUGUCACUAUUGCUGUGAUGGUCCUCUUGUUUAUCUACCUGCUAAUCCGUGGGCCGGCCACUCCGUGGGGUGACGUCUCUCAGGCACUCAUCUAUCAUCAGGUGCGCAAAUACCUCCUACGCUUGGACAAGAGGAAGAGUCACGUCAAGUUCUGGAGGCCAGAGGUUUUGCUGCUUGUGAACAAUCCUCGAUCAUCACUGGGGCUCAUUGAGUUCACCAAUGAUAUGAAGAAAGGAGGACUCUUUGUACUGGGGCAUGUUGUACCACGACCAUUCAGCAGGGAGACGGCCAACUACUACACUGGCCAGCUGAACGCUUGGUUGACAUUUGUGGAGAUCUCCAAAGUGAAGGCAUUUGUUGAGCUAAGCAUUGCUCCCUCCAUCAGAAUGGGGACUCAGAACCUACUAGCCACUGCUGGUCUCGGUGGAAUGAAACCGAACACUAUAGCAUUGGGUUUCUAUGACGACAGUAUUCCUAGAAGCCAGUUUAUCAACCUUAAGAUCAAACUGAGCAAACGACCGCAAAUAUUCCGCUCCUUCAUCCGGGACCAGUCCGUGGAGAAGUUUGAUCGAAUCAACCAGGAACUGCCGUUUAUUAGGACUGCUGUUGAAGACCAGGUGCUGAGUUUGGAUGACUAUGUUGGUGUGAUACAGGAUGCUAGCAUCAUGGGCAAGAAUGUCUGCAUCAUGAGACAUUUUGAAACUCUAGACAAGAAGCAGUUGAAGGCCCGCCCUUACAUUGACGUGUGGCCCCAUCAAGUCACCUUUGAGUCUGGCUUUGACAACACUUUCAUGCUUGUGCUGCAAUUGGCUUGUGUACUCAAUAUGAAGGGGGACUGGAAGUCGAGCACCAAGAUACGAAUAUUUGUCGUCGUCGAAAAGGAGACGGGGUCAGAGCGAAUGAUACUGAAUGAGCUGCUCACUGAGACUAGGAUUUCCGCACAAGUUCAUAUGUUAUCGCCUCCAGGGCAGGAGGAAUUUGGGACAUUUUCCGAGAGCUUCCGUACGAACUCUGCCCUCUCCCUGCAUAGUGCCCACUACCACACUCAGAUUAACCGUCUGAUGCAGGAGCACUCGAGCAAUGCCUCCGUUAUUUUCACGUCCUUGCCAGCUAUCCCUGACGACCUACGAGAGGCUAAAGAUUUCUAUGAUGCUAUGGAUACACUCUCCUGCCAGCUGCCUCCGACUGUGUUGGUGUACGGGAAUGCACCAGUGAUGUCACCUAACAUUUGAACACUUGAAGCAGGCAGGUCUCUUAAGAAACAACACUUGAUUAGAUCUCUUGAAUUGCUUCUCAAACUAAAUUAAUUGUCUUUCGUUAUAAUAAUUAUAAGUGUCCUCUUUUUAUUCGGGUGUUUGUUUUUUUUUGGAAGAAUUCUAUUAAUUAUUUAUAAUUAUACGAUAAA